AUGAUGAUCAAGAAAAGGAAAAUGACAGACAUUAAUGGUGAAGGAACGCUUGAUCCAAAUGUUAUGUCAAAUACUAAAUCGAGUGAAAAUGACACAACUGAAAUAAAACUUUAUGGAGAGAUAUUAAAUUCUCCUAUAAAAAAAUUUGAUAUAUGCUCACCAAAUAAGAAUAAAUCAAAAUCAACUUUACUCACUUGCGAUAACAUCUCAGACAAAUUUGAAUUUUCUAUAGGAGUUUCUGAUUACGAUGAUUACAAUAUAAAAGUACAAAAAGAAGAAAAUAACAACUUUAAUAAACAUAAAAAAAAUUUUAAUCACAAAAACUAUCAACAUUAUCAUGAAAAAUUACUCAAUCUUGUGGCAAGGAUAAAAAAUAUAAUUGCUGAAUAUUUAAACACAAAGGUAUACCCGUGGUUUAAAAAACGCUUCCGUAAGAUUAAAGAAGGUAUUAAUAAAUGUUUCGGAAAAAUAGCAAUCUUCACUAAAGGUAAAAAAAUCUCAUCAAUGACGGCCAAAUCUGUUAAAUCGCAAAAUCUCAAGAUAUACAUAUACUUACCCUGGAUUAAUAAUCCCGAAACUUUAACCUCACAAAUAGCAGAAAAAAUAACAAUAAAUGAUAUACAAACAAAUGAAACUACCGGAGAAUUAGGUAGAAACAUAAAUCACAUUUUAAUUAGUGUAAAAAAACAAAAAACUAUUACCACACCUAUAAAUUUCAUCGUCAAUCUUCAUGCAUCAACAUCACAACAACAUACAAAUACGUGCGAGUGCAAAAAAAUUUAUGAACAAAAAUUAAUUGGGAAUAAUUAUAAGGUGGAACGUACCAAAGAAACUAUUAUGAUUGAUGAGUCAGACAUAAGUGGUGAACUUGCCGUGUUGGUCAAGGAAAACGAACAAAAUUUUUCAGCGGAUAAUAAGUAUAACAUUUGCCCCUUCGAAAGAUCAAAAAAAAGAUUAAAUUAUACCAACGGUGACAAUUAUUACUGGUAUGACAGUAGCGAGGGGAGCCGACGUACACCUCCAAAUCGACAGCAACACGAAGGAUUGGAAGUAGAAAAAACAGCUAAUGAAUAUGCGGUAGAGUUGGAUGGAUUGGAAGGAGAAAAAACAUGUAAUGAAUAUGCGGUAGAGUUGGAUGGAUUGGAAGGAGAAAAAACAGGUAAUGAAUAUGCGGUAGAGUUGGAGGGAUUGGAAGUAGAAAAAACAGGUAAUGAAUAUGCGGUAGAGUUGGAUGGAUUGGAAGUAGAAAAAACAGCUAAUGAAUAUGCGGUAGAGUUGGAUGGAUUGGAAGGAGAAAAAACAUGUAAUGAAUAUGCGGUAGAGUUGGAUGGAUUGGAAGGAGAAAAAACAUGUAAUGAAUAUGCGGUAGAGUUGGAUGGAUUGGAAGUAGAAAAAACAGGUAAUGAAUAUGCGGUAGAGUUGGAUGGAUUGGAAGGAGAAAAAACAUGUAAUGAAUAUGCGGUAGAGUUGGAUGGAUUGGAAGUAGAAAAAACAGGUAAUGAAUAUGCGGUAGAGUUGGAGGGAUUGGAAGUAGAAAAAACAGGUAAUGAAUAUGCGGUAGAGUUGGAUGGAUUGGAAGGAGAAAAAACAGGUAAUGAAUAUGCGGUAGAGUUGGAUGGAUUGGAAGUAGAAAAAACAGGUAAUGAAUAUGCGGUAGAGUUGGAUGGAUUGGAAGUAGAAAAAACAGGUAAUGAAUAUGCGGUAGAGUUGGAUGGAUUGGAAGGAGAAAAAACAUGUAAUGAAUAUGCGGUAGAGUUGGAUGGAUUGGAAGGAGAAAAAACAUGUAAUGAAUAUGCGGUAGAGUUGGAUGGAUUGGAAGGAGAAAAAACAUGUAAUGAAUAUGCGGUAGAGUUGGAUGGAUUGGAAGGAGAAAAAACAGGUAAUGAAUAUGCGGUAGAGUUGGAGGGAUUGGAAGUAGAAAAAACAGGUAAUGAAUAUGCGGUAGAGUUGGAUGGAUUGGAAGGAGAAAAAACAUGUAAUGAAUAUGCGGUAGAGUUGGAUGGAUUGGAAGGAGAAAAAACAUGUAAUGAAUAUGCGGUAGAGUUGGAUGGAUUGGAAGGAGAAAAAACAUGUAAUGAAUAUGCGGUAGAGUUGGAUGGAUUGGAAGGAGAAAAAACAUGUAAUGAAUAUGCGGUAGAGUUGGAUGGAUUGGAAGGAGAAAAAACAGGUAAUGAAUAUGCGGUAGAGUUGGAGGGAUUGGAAGUAGAAAAAACAGGUAAUGAAUAUGCGGUAGAGUUGGAUGGAUUGGAAGGAGAAAAAACAUGUAAUGAAUAUGCGGUAGAGUUGGAUGGAUUGGAAGGAGAAAAAACAUGUAAUGAAUAUGCGGUAGAGUUGGAUGGAUUGGAAGUAGAAAAAACAGGUAAUGAAUAUGCGGUAGAGUUGGAUGGAUUGGAAGUAGAAAAAACAGGUAAUGAAUAUGCGGUAGAGUUGGGAGUGAAAGUGUGUCCAACCAGGAGAUACGAUACCUACUGUGGCACGGAGUCCCAUUCCGCUAGGGAACUAAUUUGUACCACCAAAAGGGAAAAUUCACCACAUAAUUUAAGAUUGCUCAAUUACAUAAAGACCCAAGGCAGCCAACACGGGCAGCGCCAAUGCUCCUCCGCCUUCAUACCGACCCUAGAGCUGCCACCCAUACAAACCACAGAAUCCACACUCAAUACUUCGCGAUCAUUCGAAAGCCUAGCUAGGCAGCUAAGCAGUCAUUCCAGCACCUGCACGCGAGAUCCACACCUUGACUCCCAGGGGUAUAAAGAAUACGAGCCAAAGUACUACGGCCGGCGGGCUCACUACAAUGCACUGGAAAGGAAAUUCAGCGAAGAUGAGCCGCCUCAACUCGGCUAUUUCCAUCCGCUAUUUGUCCUGCGCGGUCCUGCACUAAUAGAGAACCGCCUAAGUGUAGUAGUGGUAGCUCCGUUUGAGGAAAUACAUUUUGAUGCACCCCAAUUCCUCUUCGCCCUCACUCGAACACUUUCUUCUGCCAGCGUAGGGUACGUGGUGUCUGGUCCAUGCAUUAUAAAUCGUGUGCCAAAGGGCAUUGCGACGUCUAUAGAUGGGCAGGUCGCCUACUUUGAUCUUCCCAUACUCCCUCCGUACUAUUGGUAUUAUGAGUUUACAACACCGCGUGAGCUGCUAACUUUUGAUCAGAAUGGCAUAGCCGCAGAAACUCGUGACAUGAAAAUUAGUAAUUUAGUGCUGUAUAAUGGCGCACGCAGCGUGGCAGCACAACGUGUGAGCGAGGUUCUCGCCAAUUUUGACCGGCUGUCGCCCUGUGAUCAAAACUGUCUAAGACAUGUCAUUGGUACGGAGGAGCUGGAACCAUUUGUAGCAGUGGAUAUUCCGAUGAAACAUGCGGAUGCACUGCGAUUUACCGAACUGGAUUGUACAGUACACCCCCACUAUCACAGGCAGGUUUAUGUUACAUUACCACUGAAAGAGCUGCUGCGCAGCGGGUUCGACCCCAAGAAGCUGGAGCUGCAAAAUAGCAAAUUUAUUGAUUUUGUAGCGCGUUACGGCAUUCUGCGCAAAAAGAUACGACUAUGCAGUCCAGUAUACAACUUUAGUCCCUUGUUGUACCGCCUAGAACUGCAUCUGCCUGGCAGCGAUCUGAUGGCCCAUGGAGAGACGCUAUUAUUUGCACAUUUCAAUAUCAAACUCAUCCCUACCCUGCAGGUUCCGCCUGAAAAAGAUGAGUCUGUACUGCCACAUGCGGGGGUGGAUGAAUUAAUGGAGCGCAUGGAUGAUGAGGAAUUUGUGCGUAUACCACACCUAGUAAGUGUCUAUGGUAUCUUCGCAAAGGAUAAAUCUCCUGGUUUCGAUCCAAAUGUAUCAAACUGCACGCCUGUUGGUGCUUCAGAUACUCCUCCUGCCACUGGUCAUAAGGCUGGAGGAGGGUGUUUGUGCGGGGUGCUUGGACGCAGCUGCCCAUACCUGUCGAUUUUGAAACCUUCGGACUUUACUGACCCUAGUAGCUUCCUUAAGGCCUACGGCGAUCCGCUGUGCGAGGUUGUGGCUGACUGCUCAGAGCCUGGUGGUACUGGCGCUAAUAGGCAGGAGGGUCCAGCCAGCCCGGAGGGUGACUGGACCGCCCCAAUGGUUGGACGUGAUGGCAACUGGCGCUGCCAUGUCUGCUCUAAUGUCAACUUUCCACGCCGCACCAAAUGUAAUAAAUGUUCUGCCAGUCGCUCCACCGAUGGAGAUAGAAUUGUCUUGCAAUAUGUUAAUAGGGUCCACAGUGAACUUGUUAGGCGCGUUAUAAUGUCUAAACAAAGGUCUCGUGUCGUAAAGCGCGGAAGCACGCGCCAGCCUCCUCUCCAGUUGGGCCUUCCCAGCUAG